UUUUGAGUCAACAAAACUAAAAACUUUUGAUUUUUGAAAAGAUUUUACCUAAAAACAAAUUAAACAAUACACAAAUUUGUUUUUAAAUAAAAUAAAUACAUAUUCCAAUAUGGGUCGCGAUAAAAGCCGUAGACGGAAUUCUAGUUCCAGUUCUGAAAGUAUUGAUAGUGCCGAAGAAGAACGUCUACGCGAUCUCAAGGAAAGAGAUGCAUUUGCUGAGCGCCUCAAAAAGAAGGAUGAAAACAAAACAAGAAAAGUUCUCGAGUCUAGCGGCAGUCGCAAGGCCUUCGAAGAAGCAGCUAAAAGACUAAAGCUAGAACAUGAGGAUCGUGAUAAAAUCCUACCCCAGUUAAGGAUUCAAUCACGUCGUAAAUAUCUUGAGAAACGCAAAGAUGAUAAGGUCGCUGAACUUGAGGCAGAUAUCAUCGAUGAUGAAUAUCUGUUUGACGAAUCAGUCCUUUCGAAGCGUGAAAAAGAAGAACGAGAAUACAAGAAGCAAUUGUUAACAAUUGCAAAAGAACAUGAAAAAGCACGUGAAUUGGAACGUGUACAACGUUACCGCAUGCCCCAGGACAUGAAGAAGGGCGAGAAAGAGGAUUAUGUUGAGGUGGAUGAACGGGAAAAGCUUCCAAAUUUCGAACAAAAGAAAUGGGAACAAGAACAGCUAGCCUCGGCAAUGUUUCAGUUCGGUGCUAAAGAUGCAAAGGCCAAAGAAGAAUACGAACUACUUCUGGAUGAUCAAAUUGAUUUCAUUCAAGCCUUGACAAUGGAGGGUUCAAAAGAAAAGAAAGACAAAAAACCCGAAAUCAGUGAAGCCGAACGCCAAAAAAUGGAUAUUCAAGAGACCCGUCGAUCUCUUCCAGUAUACCCCUUUAAAGAUGAUCUUAUUGCUGCUAUACGCGAGCACCAGAUUUUAAUUAUUGAAGGUGAAACAGGUUCAGGAAAAACUACACAGAUUCCUCAGUACCUAAUCGAUGCUGGAUUCACUAAAGAUAAGAAAAAAAUUGGUUGCACACAACCGCGUCGUGUAGCUGCAAUGUCGGUGGCUGCUCGUGUUGCUCAAGAAAUGGAUGUUAAAUUGGGCAACGAAGUAGGCUAUAGCAUUCGUUUCGAGGAUUGUACAUCGGAGAGAACUAUUUUAAAAUACAUGACUGAUGGUACAUUGCACAGAGAAUUUCUAUCGGAACCCGAUUUGGCAUCAUACAGCUGCAUGAUCAUUGAUGAAGCUCACGAACGUACUCUGCAUACAGAUAUUCUUUUUGGUUUGGUAAAAGAUAUUGCCCGCUUUCGUCCCGAACUGAAACUUCUUAUAUCAAGUGCAACUUUAGAUGCUGAUAAAUUUUCUCAAUUUUUUGAUGAUGCUCCAAUUUUUCGAAUUCCUGGAAGACGAUUUCCGGUUGACAUAUUCUACACCAAAGCCCCUGAGGCAGAUUACAUUGACGCAUGCUGCGUAUCUGUUCUACAAAUACACGCAACUCAGCCUUUGGGCGAUAUAUUGGUUUUCUUAACAGGUCAAGAUGAAAUCGAGACGUGUCAAGAAGUCCUUCAAGAUCGCAUUAAGCGUCUGGGUUCAAAACUUCGAGAGCUGCUUGUGAUUCCUGUGUAUGCGAAUCUUCCCAGUGACAUGCAAGCGAAAAUAUUCGAACCCACACCACCAAAUGCCAGAAAAGUUAUUUUAGCCACAAAUAUAGCUGAGACCUCUCUCACAAUUGACAAUAUCGUGUAUGUUAUUGAUCCUGGUUUUGCCAAGCAGAAUAAUUUCAAUUCUCGCACAGGAAUGGAAUCGCUGAUGGUUGUUCCAAUAUCAAAAGCUUCAGCGAACCAGAGAGCCGGUCGAGCGGGUCGAACAGCUCCAGGCAAAUGCUUUAGGUUGUACACAUCGUGGGCAUACAAACAUGAGCUCGAAGAUAAUACUGUACCAGAGAUUCAACGAAUAAAUUUAGGAAAUGCUGUCUUGAUGCUGAAGGCUCUGGGAAUCAAUGAUCUGAUACAUUUUGAUUUUCUCGAUCCACCGCCUCAUGAAACACUGGUUUUAGCUCUCGAGCAGCUAUAUGCGUUGGGGGCCCUAAAUCACCAUGGUGAGCUGACGAAGCUUGGACGUCGAAUGGCUGAGUUCCCUUUGGAUCCUAUGAUGGCUAAAAUGCUUCUUGCAAGCGAGAAAUACAAGUGCUCCGAAGAAAUGGUUACAAUUGCAGCUAUGCUCUCAGUUAACAGUGCAAUUUUUUACCGACCAAAAGAUAAGAUAAUUCAUGCAGACACUGCGAGAAAAAACUUUAAUCAUAUGCACGGUGAUCAUCUCAGUUUGUUGCAAGUGUAUAAUCAGUGGGCAGAUACUGAUUACAGCACCCAAUGGUGUUAUGAAAAUUUUAUACAAUAUCGAUCAAUGAAAAGAGCACGAGACGUGCGCGAGCAGCUUGUUGGACUAAUGCAGAGAGUUGAAAUCGACAUGGUGACGUGUCUGCCCGAAACGAUAAAUAUUCGAAAAGCAAUUACCUCUGGAUAUUUCUAUCAUGUUGCGCGUUUGUCAAAAGGCGGUCAUUACAAGACAAUCAAACAUAAUCAGACCGUUAUGAUUCAUCCGAAUUCUUCGCUGUUUGAAGAAUUACCCCGAUGGGUGCUUUAUCAUGAACUUGUGUUCACAACAAAGGAAUACAUGCGACAAGUUAUUGAGAUUGAGAGUAAGUGGCUUUUAGAAGUGGCUCCUCAUUAUUAUAAGCCAAAGGAGCUCGAAGAUUCGACGAACAAAAAAAUGCCCAAAACGACUGGAAGAGCUUUGAUGACUGAGUAAAUGAAUGAUGAUUGUCAAAUAAAGUGAUUUAAGAAAAUUUAUUCGUAGUUUUCUUUAUUUCAAGAAAAUUAAGCUCAAUUAGAGCCCCCGGACACUAC